AUGAGACAUGUAUUUAUAUAUGUUAAUCCUGAAAGUGGAGGAAGGAACGCAUACCAUUUUAUAAAGCAAGGUGUGAGGUCACUUGAGUUGUCCAAACCUGAGCCAUUGACUCUACACAUUUCAUCCAUUUUCGAAGGCGAAAGUGGAAAUAAACCAGGCUUUAUCAAACUCAGGGAAUUUUUAAAUAAUGAUGAACCUGAACAACCUGUUUUUGUUAUUACUGCUGGAGGUGACGGUACAUUAACCUGGGUAGUAUCUGAGGUUGAAAAACAUUCAAUCAAUCCUGAUUUACUUUGUUUCGGAAUAAUACCAUACGGAACAGGAAAUGAUUUUGCAAGGGCUUUGAAGUGGGACAAGUUUCGUAAUCUAAAGCCAUUUGAAGAUAAUAUGAAACCGCUAAUUUCAUACUUGAGUAGAUUAGUGAAAUCUGAUCCAGUUAAGCAUGAUUUCUGGGAUGUUUUUUUGACCCUAAAUCCAGGUGGAAGCUUUAAUAAAAUUAACUCUAAAACAAGGCUCAAAGAGAAUAUUAUGGAUAAGGAUGGGAACUUAGUUGAAAGCAUGAAGUUUAAGAUGGGUAACUACUUUAGUAUUGGGACUGAAAGUAGAAUCGGCAGAGGCUUUGACAGACGAAGAACAAGAUAUUCAUGCUCCAAUAAAUUAAGAUAUUUAAUUGAAGCUUUUAAGAAGACAUUUAUGGGUUUGGUGUAUGUAAAUAAGCAGAUUGAUAAAGUGGUUUAUGGCGAAGAUGAAGAAGUCAUGUUUGUAACUGACUCAAAGGAAAAGGAACUGCCUGUUCUGCUCAAAUCGGCAUCGCUAGUUGUGUUAAACAUCCCAAGCUUCUCUUCAGGAAUUGAUCCGUUUUCAAUAUCUUCGGAAAUUGGGAUAAAAAAUGUUUCACAAGAAUUUAAAAAAGAGCUUUUAAUGGCUAACCAAGUUAUGGGUGACAAAAAGAUGGAAUUUUUUUGUUAUAGAGAUAUGAAGGACGUUGGAUUAGAUAUGCUAAAAAUUGGAAAGUCCAAAAGAAUACAUGUGGGAUCUGGACCCUGGAAAAUAUAUUUUAAAGAGUUAUCUAAAGAUGAAAAAAGCUACUUUCAGGUUGAUGGAGAAUUUUUUCAAAUGUAUCAGCCCAAGCUAAUUGAAAUCAAACACUAUAAAACAAUUAAUGUUGUCAAAUAA